GCCCGAAUUCAGCAUCAGUUUCGUAAACUGAGACCGUUUGCCUCAGUCAACGAUCAGACUUUCUCUUCCCUCCCUUCUCUUCGCCUUUUAACUUCACUCUAUCCUUCUCGCUACCUAACUUAGAAUCAUAUGAACUGAGGUACACCUUCAGAUCCAAUACGGGGCCAUCUUUCCCCAGAGUUUAUUGAGCCUGUCCUUACGCCGCAGCUUUACGCUGUUUGGGAUCCCAACUUUUCUGGCAGACCUCCAAUUAACCAAUUGAAACGCACUGCACCAUGAAGAUGAGAGUCAACCAGCGGGCGUCAUCCCUUCUAUUUCUACUCCUCGUUCCAGCGUUGUCAUCCGUUGCGACCGGUGCCGCCACCGAAGAGAAAGAUGCCUCACUAGCCGCAAGAGAUGCUCCCAAAGCUAUUCCUGUUGCUGAUGAUCUGACUCCUGCGUCAAUUCCCACGCUGAAACCUGAAGUUGGGACGAAAGAUGCGCCAGUGGAUGGCAAAGAUGGGAAACCCCACGCCGGCCCGUGGGUAGAUUUAUCUACCGAUAAAAAGCCAAAGGUAGAAACAGAGGAAGAGGUCACCGCGCCAGGGAAGAAGCCUCCUCCAAAACCGUUAAAAGAUACAUCGGAAGAAACUACACUGAUCAAUGGAAAGCCGGUGCCGGAUUCAAAGGACGGAGUCAUGGAUGAUCCAAACCGCUCUUCUCCGAAGAAGGGCACUACGGGUACCGAAGGGGGAGUUUCUGAAAAGGAGCGGGAUAGAAAAGCCCAAGAAGGGCAGACUGGGGCGAAGGUAGAAAAGACUCCCGAUUCUCCAAAGGAGGCUCCUCCCUUGCCCCACAGCGAGCAAGAGAAGAUUAAGCAAGAUGCGACUAGCCCCAACAAAAAGACAACGGAGAAAACAACUGGAGAUUCGGAGAAACCCAAGGGCGCAGGAGGCCUUCAGGUACCGACCGAUCUUCCGGAUAAGCCUCAUGAUAUUCCCAGGCCUGUGCCUGCCACAUCCAAGGAUGAUCCGCUGGCCCUUGGUAAAACGACUGUCAAAUCUGAUGCUGAACCUGCGCCGGCUUCUCCGAAGCCAGAGGAGGAAACUGAUCGCACCCUGAUCAACCCGCUGCACUCAUAUGUCCUCUCAUUGUCCAUGAUUAUCUUUUCCGAGAUUGGAGAUAAGACGUUCCUAGUUGCAGCUUUGAUGGCAAUGAAAUAUCCUCGCCUUAUUGUCUUUUCGGCUGCCGUCGCUGCCCUCUUUACCAUGACAAUUCUGUCUGCUGUGCUUGGCCACGCCGUGCCCACGCUGAUUCCGAAGCGCUUCACCAACUUUUUGGCGGCUAUCCUAUUCCUCGUUUUCGGAGCGAAGAUGCUUCGGGAAGGUUAUGGCAUGAGUCCAGAUGAGGGCGUCAGCGAGGAAAUGAAGGAGGUCGAGAUGGAAUUGGAAGAAAAGGAGCAUAUCGCCCAGAAACAUCGCCGUCGCUCUUCCAUUACUCCUUAUGUUCUUGAAGCCGGCCGCGGAACCCGAAAAACAAGGUCUAACUCGCGUCUUCCUUCUCCUCCGAGAAGCCCGUCAACAUCUCCGUCGCGUUCUCCAUCGCCCUCUCGAUCAUCCUCACUGUCAUCGGCUCUGAUUGGUUUCGGCAACCUCUGCUCACUUUUGCUCACUCCCGCUUGGGUCCAGACGUUCGCUAUGACUUUCCUUGGUGAAUGGGGAGAUAGAAGCCAAAUUGCUACCAUUGCCAUGGCAGCGGGUUCCGACUACUGGUGGGUUACGGCUGGCGCAAUCACUGGCCACGCCAUCUGCACAGCUGCCGCAGUGAUUGGCGGCCGCGCCAUUGCAGGAAAAGUCAGCUUGAGAGUGGUUACUCUUGGUGGUGCGGGCGCUUUCUUAAUUUUCGGAGUACUUUAUCUGGCCGAAGCUAUCUAUUACGGCUAAACUUCCUAUGAUUUCGGUGAAUGCAUUUCCAUGCGGUUUCGUAUCGACCCUUUUACCAAUAUUCGAUUCACAUCCCAUGUAUAUUCCACAUAUUUACGGCGUCAUUGAACUUUCGAAAAGAAAAAGCAUCUAUAUUUUCGGGACCUUCCUUCCAUUGACCUUUCAUCUUUUAAAGCUGUUGGAGUGCAAAGACAUGAUUCUAUAACGCCAGACCCAAUUGUCUUAUCAUUGGGCGGCACAAUAUCUCAUAUAUACAGGGAACAUUUGUUUGAUUGGCGCAUGGUUGUUGAAUCAGGACUACAUUCUUACAUUUCCCCGGGUCAAUUCGCUCUCUAAUGAUGAUGGAAUUAUAAUCAGUGGAUUCGGCGGAAGUCCUAUUUCUUUUUUUUUUUUUUUGUUUUUUAUCCUUCUUUUCUUUCCUUUUU